AUGACGGAUGCCGAAAAGAGCCUCCAGGAUCAGACCAACAUCCUACCCUUCAGAAAGCUUCUUGUGGUCUCCGCGACUCUGGCAGUCACCCUAUUAGUAACGUUUAUCGAUCAAAAUGGAAUUAGCGUCACAUUACCUACCAUUGCCGCCGACCUCAACGCGGAGGAUACCAUCUCGUGGGCUGGUACCUCGUCUCUCAUUGCAAACACAAUGUUCCAGAUGCUCUACGGGCGCUUUUCCGACAUCUUUGGCCGUAAAGCCAUCUUCUUAAGUGUCAUUGCGCUUCUGUCCCUCGGCGAUCUACUAUGCGGACUUUCGCAAAGUGCUACCAUGUUCUACGUCUUCCGCGGCAUCGCAGGCAUCGGCGGAGGCGGCAUAUAG